AUGUUUUUUUCUGCUGCUGAAACAAUUAUUCAUCGUUUUCGACGUAUUCAAGUAGUUCAAGAUAGUGAAGGUUUGACAGAAAAACCUAUUCUACCUCGACUUCGAAGACAACCACGACGAUAUGAAUCAAAUAUAGUUCCCGUAAAUUAUGCAAGUUGUGAAGAUUUUUAUCAGAAACAAUAUGUUGAAACAUUAGAAAUAACUAUUAACGUGCUUCAAACUCGAUUGACACAAAAGAAUUUUAAAAUGUUAUGUGAAGUUGAACAUUUUAUUCUUAAUAUAUCUAAUAAGCCACCUGAUGUUUGUAAAAUUGGAAAACAAAUGUUUCAAGAAUUUGAUAAAUUAAUUCGACUUUAUUUAACUAUUCCAAUAACUAUAGCAACUUCUGAAAGAGCAUUUAGUGCAUUAAAUCGAGUGAAAAAUACACUUUGA